AUGUAUGCCACUCGGAUCAUGCGCAUGCAGGCCACUCGGUCUUUUGCCUUCCCUACUCCCAAGGAGCCCCAUAGCGGUAUGCAUUUCCACGAUCUCCAGAUUUCCCCACACUAUCUCCCAGCGUCUGCGCCAGCUCAAGCGUGUUCCCCCCGAGCUGUUCCCCAUCUUGUCGCGAUCUGCGCUGGUAUCUACUCUGCCACCAACAAGAUCUUGACCGACAAGACUCUGCGCCUUUCCCGAAACAGCCCCGAGAGCCGUGAGCACUAA